CGCGCAUCACGGCGCAGUUUGACUUUACCGGCGGUUCUUCUUUUUUUUUUCCUCCCCGCAUAUGUUCCGAGCGCGAGACACGUUUGAAAAAAAAAAAGUUAGCACUGUCGCGCAAGCGCACAUGUCCGACGUCAGAUUUCGCCGUGUCUCCGUGCGGGCUUCCUACUCCCGCAUCGAAUAUCGUGCUCGUUAACGAGGAUACGUUAUCGGGCCAUCGUUCGCACGCAGAUCGCGAUAACUGGCGAUAACGCUCGACAAAGUAUAAGGUCCCUCGCCGGAAACGUCGCAUCCGCGUCCCCACGAUUAUAAUGGCAAAGAUGGCAACAGCGUUAUCUCUACUUGUGGUCUAUUUUAUUAUUACGACAUCAGCCCUGAAUAACGAGGAGCUGCUGGAGCAAGAAUGCCCUGUGGAUUGCCAAUGUCACUACUUUCGCGUCAACUGGGUGACGGACUGCUCGGACAGCAAUCUGACGACCAUUCCAUACAACGAGCUGAGUCAUAAUGUCUAUAUUUUAGACAUGAAUGAUAAUAAUAUUGCAGACAUCAGUCCGUUUCCAGAAUCGAUCAAAUUGAGGCGUCUUCAGAUGGCACACAACCGAUUAACUGAGCUAACAUAUGAAUCAUUUGCUGGAUUAACGUACCUUCUGGACGCAGACUUCUCAUAUAAUGCCAUUACGCGGGUAGAUCCCGAAGCGUUUCGAGACAACCCGGGUCUAAUUACAUUGGAACUCCAACACAAUCCCUUGGACGAGGUUGAGGAACCCUUCCUGAAUUGCCGUACGCUGCUGUACCUCGAUCUGAAUUCAUGCGGUAUCCGGCACCUCAACACGCGCUUCUUCUACAACACGACGAAUUUGAAUAAGCUCGAUCUAUCGUACAAUCCCCUGCAAAGGAUAGAGCCGGGCCCCUUCGAUCAUCUGACGAAUUUAGAAUAUCUCAAGCUAAACGGAUGCAAUUUAACCUACAUAUCGCCUGAAGCAUUUUCUCACCUGGAAAAUUUGCGACAGUUAGAGAUAGCAGACAACGAAUUGAAAACAUUGAACUGGAGAAGCGUUCUCACACCGUUGGUGCGUUUGGAACAUCUAGAUAUCCGCAAAACCGGUAUCACGAAUCUACCGGGUGAUGCCUUCGCCAAGAACUUAUAUCUCUUACAACUGGUUCUCGCAGACAACGAACUGUGGCAUCUAGAUGUCGAAGAUACGCUCGGUCACAACUUGCACAGUCUACAAUCUCUAGACUUAUCGAAUUGUAAUUUACAAGAUCGCCUAUCCGAGGAAGCUUUUAGAAACGCAAGCAAGCUACGCGUACUAAAUCUGAGCGGUAAUCCAAUGUUCGCUAGCGAUUUAACUGCCGUUCUGCGCCAUUUGCCAAAGCUUCAUAAGCUCUCUCUCAGCAAUUGCAGUCUUCGGAGGUUACCAGAUGCUUUUGAUGUAUUUGAACACCUUGAGGAACUCGACAUUUCUUAUAAUCCAUUAUCUGACGCAUUCGUCAGUCUUCUCAAUCCGCUAAGCGCUUUGGAAUAUUUAGAUAUGUCUUAUUGCGGUCUCGGUUAUGUUGCAAAUAACACUUUCGCACAAAUGACUUUCUUGAAACAGUUAAUUCUUUCGGGAAACGAACUUCAUACUUUGGAAGAAGGAUUGUUCGCAAAUUUGACGCGUUUGGAAAGCCUAGAGCUCAACCACUGCGACCUCAAAGCACCCCUCGAUCCAAAAGUUUUUGGUGACCGCGAAUUAACUGAUAUAAUAGAACUCAAACUCAGUGGCAAUCCGUUGAUCGUACCCGAUGAAGGCUCGCUGCUCCCAACGCAGCUGUCCAAGUUGGAGAUUCUAGACCUCAGCAACUGUGGCUUCUCACACUUGAACGAAGACAUAUUUGCUACAACGAAUAAUCUCACUCAAUUGAAUCUUUCGGGCAACACAAUAUCUGGUGUAGAAAAUUUAAGCUCUUUGAAAACAUUGCCCAGGUUAGAACAUAUAGACCUUAGCAACAACAACCUGCGUACGAUCAAUCCGAAGAUAUUCAAGGCAAAUCCACGUUUACUAUCGAUCAAUCUCAUGGGAAAUCCGUUUAUCUGCAAUUGCUCUAUCACAGAGACCUGGGAUUGGGCUGUGCAGGAAAAGGGUGAUCUUCAUGUGCUCGUUGGCAGUCAACCGGCCAAUUUUGAAACCGGCUCAGUAAAACGAAGGAAGAAUCUCUCUUGCGCUUACGACGAAGAAACGUAUCGAAAUAUGAUAGACGGCAGUCAGUCAACAGCGAAUCGCAAACACUAUCCCAGCCAAUUUACUCCUUCUCGUACUUGGGCUAAAUACGUUCGUGAAUCUAAUUGUAAUCGGCGUUUAUGAUAUGCGGCGAUUAACUAUCAACAUCCGAUGUUGAACGUCUACUAUCAUAAGGUACGUAGAUAUAAACAGGAACUUUGAGCAAGUUCCGCACUAUCAUUGCAACGUCGUCAUAUCGUGCAAGCCAUAAACUACAAUAUAACAAUGUUGUAAAAUUUAUAUUUCUGUGGCAUUAUUUUUGUAGUCAUAGGAUUAAGGCAGACCUGCAAUAGUUUACAGUUUAUAUAUUUGAAAGUAUC